AUGACCUUUGCCGAAUUCAAAGCAAUGACCACUUGGGGUUGGAACAAACAUAUCUGGGACAUACGACCUGAGAAGUUGCCCAAGCUCAGACUCGCUGCAUGGCUCAUUGAAUUCUUCUUCCUCUUGGGCAAUGCCUGCACCAAAAUCUCGAUCCUCCUUUUCUAUCGGAGGCUCACGUUGGGACUUCCCAGAUUCUGGUUUUUGUACCUAAUAUGGGCUGCCAUUGCGUUUACCGUCUGCUACACGAUCGGCUUAUUGGUGGAACUGUUCGUCAUCUGUCGGCCCUUGACAUCAUAUUGGGAGUCAUACAGCCCGACAUAUGGCAAGGACUUCACAUGUGCCAACGAGCAUGUGGCAUUCCUUUUCAGCGCCGCAGCCUCGGUGACUUCGGAUAUCUAUGCGUCGGUGUUGCCUAUGCUGCUGGUCCGAACACUGAAUAUGACCUGCAGACAGCGACUAAGCAUGUAUGCGUUGUUCUCUGCAGGUCUGUUGACAGCCGGCACAGGAGUUGCCAGGCUCAUUACAUUCAUCCCAGCUACGACCAACUAUCAACCUGGUCCACAUAUCGACGAUGUAUCCUGGUUGGGCUGGCCUCUAUUGGCGCUCACCGACGUCGAAGCACAUCUCGCCAUCAUAAUCGCCUCUCUGCCUGCUUUAAAAGUGUUCUUCAGACGUCGAGUCUCCGGCCAGCUGACCAAGAUGCGCGGGUCGAUUCGCUCGAUGUCGACUUCUAGCAGAGCUCAACUGGCCAUCACCCUUCGUUCUGGACCGAUGGUUGAGGAGCCUCCACGUGUGGCCGGUGGCUGGUCUAAGCAACCAGUCCACGCCAACAUAACUCCUUGCAGUCCGUCUUCGGGGUACUCUGAUGAACGAUCUGCUAGCUUUGGCUCCGUCUACACCUUAGAAAUGGACACGCCGAAGAUGCCCCGCUAUGUUGAUAUAGUACAGGCUGCGAAGAUUCCGAGAUGUGUUCGAGUGGAAUCAGUGUAG